AUGCGACGGAGAGGUGAAAAACAAACUGCUGAGGAUUCUUCCGGAAAUAUGCGACUAAAGAAAAAUGGUAAGAAAAGUAUUACUUCAAAUUACCUCGUUGAUCGAGGCCUGGAAGGCUCAGCAGCAAUUGUUGGUAAGCCUGUCGCACUUGUCACUGUCGAAAAUGUGAUGUUUGAAAGACGUGGCUUCGAGGCCUGA